CGACUGAAGCUCAUCUGACUUCGCUUUGUUCCUAAGAGUGUGUUGUAUUAUCAAAUCCAAGACAUUACAUUCAUGUAUUAAUUUGAUUUAAUUAUUGAUGUAUUGAUUAACGGCUGCGAACAGGGAGAAGCAGGUCCAAACAGCCAGAGAAAACGAUCUUCUCCAACUGGACUCGACUUGUUCUUGCAGCGUUUGCAUGAUCGCUGCAUUUGACUGAAAAAUAUAUUUGACGGUGUUUGUGUGCAUGGCUGUGUCAAAAAGUACCGGCACCCUGCGGGAUCUUCAGCUGGCUCUUCAACUAAAGAUCGAGGAGCUGCGACAUAGAGAUGCACUCAUCGAUGAGCUGGAGCUGGAGCUGGACACCAAGGAUGAUCUGAUCCGACAGCUGCAGAUAGAGUUGGACAGGCAUCGCAGCGCCUCACAACACACCGCCACCUUGGGAGAGACAGCAAACACAGAAUCGGCUGUACAGACUCCAGAUGAGCCUCAGCGCACCAAGAGACAGGCCAUCUCUGCAGAGCCCACAGUGCUGGACCUCUCCCAGCUCAGUGACGUUACCCUCACGAGCUACUGCAAGAACAAGGAGUCAGGUGAGCUGAUCCAAAGGGCUCUAAUGGACAAUGAUUUUAUGAAACAUCUAGAGCACGGGCAGAUCCUCACCAUCAUGGACUGUAUGUAUCCCACCAGCCUGGCCAAAGGAUGCUGUGUGAUCCAGGAGGGAGAUGAUGGAUCAACAGUCUAUGUCCUGGAGGAGGGGACUGUGGAGGUAACUAAACAAGGCAAGAAACUGUGCACCAUUGGACCAGGAAAAGUUUUUGGAGAACUGGCCAUCCUUUACAACUGCACCCGCACGGCAACUGUAACAGCCCUGACGGACAUCAAGCUCUGGGCGAUUGACAGACAGGGUUUCCAGACCAUCAUGAUGAGAACUGGUCUCAUCAAACAUUCCCAGUACAUCGACUUCCUCCGCAGUGUUCCCCGUUUUCAGUCGCUACCUGAGGACAUUCUCAGUAAACUGGCUGAUACUUUGGAGGAGACCUGUUACAAUGACGGUGAUUACAUUAUCCGUCAGGGAGCCACCGGAGACACAUUCUUCAUCAUCAGCAAAGGCCAGGUGAAGGUUUCUCAGCAGCUCUCAGCCAGUGACGAGCAGAUAACUGUGGAAACGCUUUCCAAAGGGGACUGGUUUGGAGAGCUGGCUCUGGAAGGUGAGGAUGUGCGCACAGCCAGUGUCACAGCUGUGGGAGAUGUCACAUGUCUGGUCAUUGACAGAGAGUCCUUCAAACAGCUGAUUGGAGGACUGGAUGAAGGCAGCAGCAAGCAGUACGACAGCGAUGAGGUCAAGGAGAAAUGGAGAGCAGAAGCUGAUUUCUUCUCGAGUGUUUCACUUAAUGAUUUCAAAAUCAUCUGCACUCUGGGGAUCGGAGGCUUCAGUCGUGUGGAGCUGGUUCAGUUAAAGAAUGAUCGCAGUCGCUCGUUUGCCCUCAAAGUGUUAAAGAAACGUCACAUCUUGGACACCAGCCAGCAGGGUCACAUCCUCUCUGAGCGCCGCAUCAUGAUGGAGGUCCACAGCCCAUUUAUUAUCAGAUUGUAUCGUACUUUCAGAGACUCCAAAUAUCUCUACAUGCUGCUGGAGGCUUGCCUCGGAGGAGAGCUGUGGUCCCUACUGCGAGACAGGGGUUCUUUUGAUGACAGCACCACGCGUUUCUACACAGGCUGUGUUAUUGAGGCCCUGGUUUUCCUGCACUCCAGAGGAAUCAUCUACAGAGACCUCAAACCUGAAAAUAUCAUACUGGACCACCGAGGAUAUGCCAAGCUGGUGGACUUCGGCUUUGCUAAGAAGGUUGGUCUGGGUAAGAAGACAUGGACAUUUUGUGGGACUCCUGAGUAUGUUGCCCCUGAGAUCAUCCUGAACAAAGGCCAUGACAGCUCAGCUGACUGCUGGUCUUUGGGAAUACUGGUCUUUGAGCUGCUUAGUGGAAGUCCUCCUUUUUCCGGCUCUGAUCCCAUGAAUACUUACAACAUCAUCCUGAGAGGCAUUGAUAUGGUCGAGUUUCCCAAAAAGAUAACCAAGAGUGCCGCUAACCUCAUCAAACGGCUCUGCAGGGAGAAUCCUUCAGAGAGGCUGGGAAAUCAGAAAAAUGGAGUGAAAGACAUCCAGAAACACAAGUGGUUCGAGGGCUUCAACUGGGAGGGUCUCCGCCAGGGAACCAUGGACCCGCCGUUCAUACCCACAGUGGAUGGUCCAUUUGACAGCAGCAACUUUGACUAUUUUCCAAAGGAUGAAGAAGACCCUCCACCUGAUGAAGAGUCCGACUGGGACCUUGAGUUCUAAACAGGAAGACAGGGAAAAGCUGACUGAAUAAAGAAAAGGUAGAAAUAGGAGGAGGUGAUGUCAGUUCACAGAGAGCUACUGCUGAUUUCUAUUCAGUCAAUGUGCAAAACUGACAUGUGACAGAAUUACUGCAAAUGAGUAACAGGCUUACUGUGUCUAACAUUACAAGGAAAUUUAAUAUUUUCAAAAUUAAGUAGAAAUUUAAGAAGUACAAUGAGGAUAAUCACUAAUACAAUGUGUAAAAAAAAUGUGUAUUUGAAGUAAAAGUACUUUUAUGAUAUUUA